AUGUUGACCAUGGCAUUGUUGCUCUCAGUUGUGUAUUACACAGGAUUUACUACGCGUGUUUACGCUGACGAGAACGUAACACGACGUUGGUGCUUAAGAAUUGAAGAACAUCUCUCUAAGGACAGCUCUAUAUAUGAACGACUUGCUCCAAACACAACAUCAAUAUUGGUUAAAGGAAGCCAAGUCAUGAUAAACGACAACGUUUUGAAUCAAACUAUACUAUGUGAUUCUUCUAUUACUGUAUGCACAUCAGGCAACAUAUGGCGAUGUAUUUACGAAGUGAUAAUCAUCUCUACUGUGUUCAUACUUAGUGUGCUUAGUAAGAAACUAGCGGGGAGUAAAAGGCAUACUGCAGAGAUUUUCAAAAGAAGAAAUAGAUUCAUUGAAGAGAUUGAAGAUAUUAAACGAUGGGGGAAUUCAAUGAAACCAAACGUUAUUGUAGAACAGGACUGGAAGAUUGAUUGGACAUCAGACAUAUGGCUAGGUCGUAAUAACGAUGUUGAAACCUCGUCUACUGUAUUAAUUCAUUACAAGAAGACACAAGUAAAGACUCGAGAUGACCAUGCCUAUAAUAAACACUAA